AGCGUCACGGAUGGAAGAGUGAAAGAACUAGUUUAAGACUGGAUCAGACAGCAAGAGAUCAAGACAAAGAACAGAAACAAUGCUCCUUCGUGUUAUUGUUAUAUUUUCCUUCAUAUCAAAUUCUUUACAAGUUGAAGAUAAUAAGAUAACAUCUCCUUGCUGUGGAAUUCCUGGUAUUCCUGGAACGCAUGGCAAUACAGGAUCAACAGGAAGGGAUGGUCGAGAUGGUAGAGAUGGAGCACCAGGGUUUAGUGGACCCAAAGGAGACCCUGGAGAUCCAGGAGUGACUGGAACCAAGGGCCAGCCAGGUGAGAAUGGGCCCCCUGGUGCACAAGGUGAGCGGGGCGAGCAAGGAGAGUGUGCUGUUUCCCCUCGUUCUGCUUUCAGUGCCAAGCUAUCUCAGUCACGGAGCCCCCCUAUCUCUGGACAACCAGUCCCAUUUGGGAAAGUUCUUAGCAAUGAACAAGGGCAUUACAACCCAGAAACUGGUCGCUUUAAAUGUGUCGUCCCUGGACUGUACUAUUUUUCUCUCCAUGGCACAGUAUACCGUGGAAAUCUUCAUGUGCAGCUGAUGAAGAAUGGAAUCUCCCAGGCCUCUUUUUUCCAGCCAGGGGAUGCAGCAAAGCCAGGAGCAUUGUGUGGGGGUGCAGCAUUUCAUUUAGAACCCGGUGAUGAAGUAUGGGUACAGGUGGGAGACUAUUCAGGUCUUUAUUCCAGUAGUGCAACAGACAGUGUUUUUACUGGAUUUCUUAUUUAUUCUGACUGGGAACCAAAUCCUGUGUUUCACCCUCUGACUUCAGUCGAUCAUAAAACAGUGUAAUGGGAUAAGCAUAUUACAUUGCCUUGUAAAUGAAGUAACAAAAUAGUACACAUAUGUUGAAGUAAUACACUUAAAGGGGUUAUCCAGCAUAAGGUGAUUUUAGUAUGUUCCUGGCAGACAGUAAUGGACAUGCUUAGAAAGGAUCUGUGCUUGUCUUGGGCUGAAUGGCUAUGCUGUGAGAUUACCAUAACACUGUGGCUAGCUUUUUGUGAACUUGUAUUUCCUGUUUCAGUUUUCUUGUUUGCCUACAAAUCCCAUGAUUCCAUUUUCCUCCUUACCACACAUCAGUCCUCCCACCAAUUGAAACAUAAAUGAGCUGCAGACGUGUGGUUUUCAAUCAGAGUGCCUCCAGCUGUUGCAUUACUUGCAGAUUGCUCUCUCCACCCAUUGAAGCAGACAGGCUCCCUGUCAUCAGCUGACUAGUGAGUCAGGUCUCGACCGCAUUGCAAGCUGGGAAAAUCCGAGACAACAAUAAUUUUGUAUGCUGUUAAAAAUAAAUAUUGGGGUGAAAAUCACAUAAGAAUUGUGAGAAAACCAUCACACACAGGUACAGACACUAUAUUAUUAACUACCCUAACUUUACAGCCCAUGUAGCAUAGUCAAAUAAAAAAAAAUCCUGGAAUACCCCUUUAAAGCCUCAUGCAAAUGAUUGUAAAAAUAAUUAGUAUUAGAUAUGUCUGUGCCUACUCCAUGUGCUGCAAAAAAAAAAGAAAAUAGUGUCAUACUUAAUAGAAUGCCAUACAAGAAUAACACCACCUUCACAACACAACAGACUAAGAUACAUCACCUGAUCAUGACACUUUCCCUAGAUAUUAUGGUCAACAUUUGCAAAUUGUUUUUAUUUUUGCGCUAAUUGCGGAGGGGGGGUUGUGUUUUUUUUUUCCAAAGAUCUAAAAUCCGUCAUUUUGACCUUUUAGUGUUAGGGUUACUAGACCAUUUUUUUAAGGUGAGGGAUGCAGUGGUCAUGAAUUUAUUAUCUAAGUGUUUUUGUUUUUUGCGCAAAUCUAGACCACCUCCAGACCAGGUCAGAAAAAAAAGAUUACUACUCCUGUUUACUUGCAAAAAAUGAAAAAUCAUCAGUCAGAGUGAAAGAGAGGGAGAGAGAGAGAGUGAGAGUGAGAGAGAGAGAAUAACUUAGAGAAGUAAAACGUUUAAAGACAUAAAAAGUUAAAAAUUUAAAAAACGUGCAAAUGAAAAGUAAAGCAGUUGUCCAUAUGAAACAAUCAGAUAUAUUUUUUAGGGUCCAAAAAAGGAAUGGUAAAGACGUAAGAAACAAUAUGAUUUUUAGCAAUGGCCAAAAUCUAACAAUUUCAUGGGCCCAAGUAAAAAAAAAUAUCCGACAAAGUGAUGAUAACAAAAUAAAAAAAAGUGAAAGGUAAAAUAUUUCUGUUCAACUAAAACCUCUGUCUCUCAAACAAUAUUUUUUUUCUCCUGGCCUGUGGCAAGGUAAACCACUAUGCAAAUGUGAGACUCUCUUUGCAGACCUUAGACAUUAAUUUGCCUUAAAAUUUAAACUAAAACAAAUAAAG